AUGCUUUACAUAGAAGAUGAUCUACCAAGUACAAAGAAACUAAUUUUAAAUACCGAUGAAAUGCAUCAAGCACCAUUCGCAUUGAGUACGUCUUCAUGUCUAAAAGUUGGAGUUGGUCAUUGUACAAUUUUACAAACUAGUCAAUCAUUAGUUACUGAAAUAGUUGAAGUGUUAAAUUUUCCAUCUGAUGAUAAUGGAAAUUUAUUUUCUUCUCCAUAUUAUAUUGGCAUUGUAACAAAUCCUACUCUUAAUGGUAGUGUUGUUUGUCAAAUAUAA